ACGGUGCGUAUAACACUUAUAGACGACAUCAUUGAACGAGCUACUAGAACGCGAACAAACGACCAACGCGAUAUUUUUUUUUGGUGAACAACUAAAAAACAAGUUAAUAUUUCUUCUGAGAAAAAUAUCAAACUCGUGAUGGCCAAUUUUUUGUUUUGGUCCGCUAUAGCUGCUUUGGCAGUCUUCUCGUCGGCAGUCUGCGCUGUUCCAGUAGACUCCACUAACGAAAAACCUGAUGUGACUGUUAAGCAGCCUGAAGUUCCAGAAGUGUCAGUGUCUGAUAAAGUACCAGAAGUACAAAAGCCAGUAAUUAAAGAGAUUGAGCCUAUAGAAGAUGUACCUAAGAAGUCCGAAGUUGGAAAGAAAGUUUAUCCUCAACAAUAUCCCACUUUUAACCAGCAAUGGUUCCCGUUUCCUGUAGAUAGACAAGGCUUCAAUGUUUUCAACGCUCCUUUCCCAAUGAUGCCUUCACCUUUCCAUCGGUUGUUCCAGGCUUAUAACCAAGAAUUUAAAGCACCUGAAGUAAUUAUAAUAAAUCCAAAACAAAACUCUCCAUUUAACCGUACAUCAAUUCCACCAAUCCCUAUGCUCAUGAACAUCAUGCUUAAUGCUUUUCGACCAACAGAUAUUUUAUCACAAUUCGAAAAAGAUGUAAUGGAUUAUGACAGUGUAAUUAAAACUGAUUCAGAUGAAGUUAUGCCAAAGGCAGAAAACAAAACUACAACCAGAACUGAAAUCAUUGAUGGUCACGUCGUUCAAAUUAAUGAGACUACGUAUACCAGUGGAGAUGAGAAUAAUAAGAGCUUUUUCCACUUCAAGAAAAUCCACGUAUUACCUCAAAACCCACAAAUUGAACAAGGAAAACCUGAACAACCACAAGACAAGAAACCCGAAGAAGUUGAUGUAUCUAUUCCUUCAGAUGAAAUCAUUCCUCCAAAGGUACCAAAUAUCCCUAUGAUGGUCAAUGAUCAAUUCCAGAUGGCUGCUGCUAACUAUCUUCCAUAUGCCCCGUUCAACGUUCAUACAAUGAUUAGGCCGUAUCAGAUAACUGACAAUAAUAAAAAUGGCCCGAGGCCUAGCAAUUUAGUAGCCUUGCCACUUAAUGGAAACGCAUCCCCUGCUGUAAGUUUAGCCGGUGACACAUUAGUAAAUGAAUUGGCUGCGACCCAACAACAAGCUUCUGGUUUGCAUGAACUACCCCCUGACGUCGAAAUCAUUGAUGUACACGGCAAACCACAGAAAGAAAACCAAGGAGCUGUCCCUUACUUGUAUAAUACUAUUGAUCAUUCUGGAUACAAAAAGUCAACUAAAUUUCCGGGCUAUAAAUAUUGAUAAGGAAUCUGAGUACUUAUGAUGCUUAAUAUAGUAUUAAUAUUUUUAGUAUAAAAGGUAAUACUGGUGCUAUUGACGUUAAAGGUUCAUGCAUUGAUGAAUCGAAAUAUGAUAAUAUUUAGCUAUAUGCUAAUGGAAAACUAAUUAUAUUCCUAUGUAAAACCUAAGAAUUUAUUAAAUUAAUUACUCUACUUAUUGAAAAAGUCAUUUAUUUAUUUUAAGAAAUAUGUCAUGACAAAAACAUUUAAUUAUUAGGAUUAUAAUUUCUUAAACUUUGUUUUGAUAUUUUUUAAUUAUAUUUUAUUCUUAUCUGUAA